UUGAUUAUAUAGUAAGUGUUAUAAGUUUACAAGUUUACAACAAUAAUAUUAUAAAAAAAAUAAAUAAAUAAUAAUACCUACAAUAUUAUUACAAUUUGGCGUAGUGACUAACUGACGAAUUCAUGUUUUUAACAAAUUGAAUAUUUAAUAGUUUUACUAUUAUUAUUUAUUUGUUAUGAACAAAUGAUAUUGUAUUUUAUAAACUAUCAACAAGUCAGAUCCAAAUGAUCCAAGUAUUUUGUUUGGGUACCUCCUCGUAACUUGUGAUGAAUGUAACAACCGGUUCCUGAACUUGAAAAAAUAUCAUAAGUGUUUAACUGUUAGGAAGAGUGAAAAUGGAUUUAUCAACGGAAGAGUUACUUAACAGAAAAGAGACAUUGAAACAAUUUGAUAACUAUAUUGAAGACACAGAAAACACGCUUAAGUGUUUUGUCGAAAAAGUUGGUUGGACAUUGGAUAAAACACCAAUUAAAGAUAAUCUUGUGAAGUGUCCAAUAAAUAGUGAACACAGAAUGUCACCAUCCAAACUCGAGGUUCAUUGUCAAAAAUGUAUAUUGAAAAAAAAUGGAUAUGAUUCAUCUCAUUCAUUUUAUCCUUCUUAUAAUUUGUCAACACUGUUGUCCCAGACAGUGACAAUUGAUGAAAUUACUCAAAUGCAUAUUUUGAAAACUGCCUAUGACGAAUCAAAUUCAACCUUAAAUAUUAACCUUAAGCCUAGAGAAGUUUCCCAAAGCAUAGAACGCUAUGUCUGUGAUUUUACUCCUGACGAGAGAAGAAUAUUAUAUGAUAGUGCUGUAAAAUACACCAAACCACCUAAUUACAAGGAUGUCAAAAAUGAUUUAACAGGUGUGGAUUUUUUCAAUAAAACUGAUGAUAGACCUAAAACUGAGCUUGAGCUUUUACAAGAGCAAAGAGACUUAAAACGCAGGAGAACUGCUUAUCGAGGAAAAAGAGUUCACACAGAUAGAAAAUCUUAUAUAGAAGUUUUAAGAGAAGUAGUUGAAGGAUUAACAAAUACUUUGUCACAUUCAGAAGAUGAAUCGGCGGAUGUUCAAACUUCAAAUACAGUUACAGAAACUACACCAUAUCACCGUUUUGAGUAUGAAGGUAUUAAAACGUAUGAUGGUAAUCCACACACUCGCUGGCUUAAUAUUGAGAUAGAGGAAUCUAAAUUGUAUGAGUAUUAUCAAAAAAAGAGCGAGAGUUCACAUCAAGAAGUUUCUACAUCUAAAAUUCAUUGUGAAGAUAAAACUGGUUUUAAAAGAUCAAGAAAAAGUAAAUCUAGAUCAAGAGAAAGAAAAACAUCAAUUGAUGAGUUAAAAUUAAAAAGAUCUCGGAGAUCUAGGUCUCGCUCAUCAUGUACAGAAACCAAAUUCAAGAGACCUAAAAUUCGUUCUAAAUCCAAAGAAAGUGCUUAUAUAAAAAGUAAACAUAAAAGAUCAAGAUCUAGAAAACAUAAAACUCGAUCAAAAUCUAAAGAAAGCGAGCCUAGAAUGCGAAGAAGUCGAUCAAUAUCUUCUGAAAGUACUCACAAGAGAUUUAAGAAGCGUAAAACAAGGUCUAAGUCAAAAGAACUUGAAAAGGUUAAAUGUUCUAAGAGUCUUACAAAUUAUAAUAAGUUAGAAAAUGAAAAAGACUCUACAAUAUCAAGUCAUACCCAUAAAAAGAAUAAAAAGCAUAAAAGUAAGAAAAAUCGUUCUAAAAGUCCUAGAAAAUCUCAUAAAAAUAAAAAAAGCGAUAUUUAAGUAUGUGAAAACGUUAAAGACAAAAUAUUAAAUGAUAAUGAAAUCCAUCCCAAGUCUAAAAGUCGUAAAUUUCUACGGUUAACAUUUUUGGUUUUAUUGUCAUUAAUCAUUUUUUGUUGAUUGAAAGUUAGAUCAAUAAUUAUUUAUUAUAGUUUUAAAAAAAACUGUUAUUGAAAUUUGACAAUAAAAGAUAGGGUUUCCUUAAAAUUUUGAAUUGUUAAAACUUUUUUGAACUCGAAAAUUUAUAAUUUUUUAAGUGAAUAAUUAAUAAUUUAAAUGUUGAACUGUAUUAGUAUAGUAUAUUGUAUUUUCUUAGAAACAAACGUAUAAUUGAAAUAUGUCAUGUUGUAUACAACUAUUAGACUUGGUAUUUUUUUAUUUCAAAUACAGUUUAUACAUAAACUAAAUGUAAAAUUUUAAUAAAAUUGUUUUUUACACAA